CAUAUAUAAGCUUAACCAAUUCAAAUAGCAUUUUAUAAAAGAAACGCAAGAGAUGGAGGGAAAGCGGUCGAAUACGAAACCCAGCGAUUUGUUGAAGAAGAUCAGAGAAAUAACUCGAUCGAUUCUCGAAGAUAUAUGUAAAGGACGAUCGCCAUCGCUAUACAUCGAUCGCUUCAGAAAUUAUUGCACAGGCGAUACUGGAAACUGCUACACUACUUACAAUUCUGUUUUACAGAAUCAUUUAACUGCUUUUGGGUUUCAAAUUAAGAGUUUUUGCAGCUUGGAUUUGCCCAUUGGAAAGGAAGUUCUUGCACUACAGAGGGAGUGCCAUGCACGUAGGCUAGAUGUCUUGCUAAGAGUGCUACUGAUUGUUCAGCAACUUCUACAAGAAAACAGGCAUGGUUCAAAAAGAGACAUAUAUUACAUGCAUCCUUCUGUUUUUCAAGAGCAGUCAGUUGUAGACCGAGCAAUCAACGACAUUUGCAUCCUUCUGCAUUGCAGUCGCCACAACCUAAAUGUGGUGUCUGCUGGAAAAGGAUUGGUGAUGGGUUGGUUGAGAUUCCUAGAAGCUGGAAGGAAAUUUGAUUGCAUAAACAAUCUUAAUACUGCUCAUCCUGUUCCUGUGCAUGUUGAAGAAGUCAAAGAUAUAGUUAGUGUUGCCCACUACAUACUAGUCAUAGAGAAAGAAUCAGUGUUCCAGAGAUUAGCAAAUGAUCAGUUUUGCAAAAGAAAUCGCUGCAUCAUAAUCACAGUAGGUAUACCUUUAGUUCAACUUAUCCUUAAAAUCAGUUUUAACUAUGUUUUUCUAACAGGGAAGAGGAUAUCCCGAUGUCCCCACAAGAAGCUGAGCCUGCCUGCCUAUUGCUUGGUAGAUUGUGAUCCAUACGGUUUUGACAUCUUGACCACUUACCGUUUUGGUUCUAUGCAAAUGGCCUAUGAUGCACAAUUUCUACGUGUCCCUGAGAUACGUUGGCUUGGAGUUUUUCCUUCGGACUCUGAGAAAUAUGAUCUUCCACAACAGUGUCUCCUUCCUUUGACAGCAGAAGAUAAGUCAAAAAUUGAAGCAAUGUUGCCAAGGUGUUACCUGCAACGAGAAGUUCCUCAUUGGAGAUUGGAACUAGAAUUGUUGCUGCAAAGAGGAGUGAAAUUUGAGAUUGAAGCAUUGUCUGUGCGUUCACUUUCAUUCCUAUCAGAGGAGUACAUACCAACCAAGAUAAAAGGUGGAGUGCACAUCUAGAAGCUUUACAUUUGCAGUAUUAUAUGCAACCAUAUAGAGCACAUGAUGUGAUUUUUGUGAUCUGCAAAACAGGCAAUUUAAACCAUGGCUUUGUUAGAUAUUUUCACUACAGACAAGAAAAUAAUUAAAAAAAAAGGGAAAAGAUUAUAUUGUUUCUAACAGGUUACAGGGCUUUGUUAGAUCUAUCUAAGGCUGACAUUUUGAUAAUUGGUUGGUUGUCUGGGCCUUCAUUAUGUGAUGUUUUACAGUUUUACACACUUUCGUUCCCACCAAACCCUCAUCCCACAAACAAUGCUUUGACUGAGGAAUAUUAAGCAUGUGAGAUCUUUCAAUCAAAUUUGUUAAUUUACUUGGAGGGAAAUAGAUUUUUGAUUAACUUUCCAAAUUAAUUUUUUCCUCCCUAUUGUGUUGGUUUGAGGGCCGCUUGGCCAAUGAUAAGGCUUGUUGUUAGCGUUUGUAGGUUUGAGUUAUAA